CAACCGGGUUCGCACGUCACCAACGUCGCCCUGGGUGGUACGCUUAUGCAAAGCGAUCGGCGGACACUGCGACGAGUUUUCACACGCGUGGAACACAUACGAUCGUUUCCGUUCGCUCCGUGUCCCGGGCGCCCCGGCGGCGUUCCGGCGUGGUAAUCGGUAUUUACCACCCGUGGUCGCAUACCGGGCGAAAGCAACAUACGUGAGCCGCACACACCACUGCCGUAUCGUCCCACGCAUUGGCCGCCAGUUUGGACGCGUCCGUGCGUCCGUGCGUCCGACGAUGGCCUGCUGCGGCCGGCGGGCCCACCGAUGGAACGCACCAGCGACCACCGCGACCGCUCCGGUGUGGCCGCCGCUGCCGCCAUUGCCGUCACCGCAACAGCCGCAGUCAUGUUAGUGGCAACUGUGGUGUCCAUGUGGGUGCUCAGCGCCAUGGCCGUCACCGUCCGGCACGGCCGGUCCAGGAUGGCCAGGUGGGCGCAACAACAGCAUUACGACAUGCAGCAACUGCCGGUGGCCAACGGCACAUCGGCCUCGGCCACGGUGGCCAUGGUGGCCACCGUGACUGUGGCCACGGCCACCUUGAACGGACGCUUACACGAUCCUGGUGGCGGUACGUCCGGGCCACUGCACCCGUCGCUGGUGACGGACAAUGUCGGACAGCAGCAACAGCACCACCGACACAAGGCCAACUCACUGCUCCGCAUUGUUGAGUCGCAGCAGCAAUUGGGCGGCAACUGCACCGCUGGCACGGACCUGAACAUGGGCGAAGGAGUCGUGGACAGAUACGCUCAGGAACGGUUCAAGGUAAUGGCUAAUGUGGCAGUGAAUCGGGCUAACAUGCUGACCCGAUUAUGGAAGUAUGGUGAUCCCGAAGUAACAGCCUCCGAGUAUUUACUGCACGCCGGCGUUAUAUCUAUGGUAGAGUUCGAUAACGACAUAUUUGCCGCCGGAAACUGCUAUGACCAACAUCAGUACAAGAAAUAUUGGCUGUUUUGUCCAUACGCUUACAGACUUCCAGACGGCGACGGCAUAUUGGCCAAAGAUUUGGCCGUCGAGUAUAACUAUUUAUCCAACACCAGUGAAUGGUUUUUCAUUGCUCGACAUAAAGCACAAGGCGUGAUCAAAAGGAACAACCAGUACAGUCAUGCAUUCAACUCUUAUACCUUUAACGACACAGCUCACACUGACUGGAUACCUGAUGACGUGUUAACAGUGACGUACGAAGAUGGUAAAUGGAGUAAGCCAUACUACGAUUGUGGUGGAGGAAAUAUUUGGAUGCUCACGUAUACUGUACCAUUUUUUGGUUUCAACAAUGGGAAGUACUUUUUCAAAGGUACCAGUGGAAUCGAUAUUGAUUUGAGAAGGGUUGACAUUGAUCAGUGUCCUUUGCCACCAGGAAGUAAUCAUUUUAACAUAUUUGCAUCAUCCGACAAGUGUAAAAAACAAACUACUUACUGUGUUGCUGUUUCGGGUUUGGGGUUUCGGAGAGGGAGUUACAAGUGUAUGUGCCGUCGAGGUUAUUACUUCCCCGCUCCCAAAUACGUAGGGCAUCCAGGACACAGGUAUUUCAACGGAGUCAUUAUUGAAGAGGAAUACGAAAAACUUAUGCAGGGAAAACCAAACAACUACAGCCAACCCAGCAUGUUCGAGUGUUUGCGAUGCGCUGAAGGAUGCGACGAGUGCAUCGACUCCAGUCCCUGUAUAGCGUCAUUAAACUGGGUACUCCGGACGAUUAUACUUGUGCUGUCGCUGGUCAUUAUCGGAUGCCUUCCGCUGGUCGUGUUCUUCACCUGGAAAUACGGACACCUAAAAGUUGUUCGAGCAGCUAGUCCGGCAUUGCUCAGAGUUAUUGCACUUGGAGCGUUCUUCAUUUAUGCCACUAUGAUUGUGAUGUAUCCAAAACCAAAUGUGAUUACUUGUAUUGCUCGAGUCUGGCUUCGAGAAAUCGGAUUCUCACUCACCUAUGGAGCUUUAAUGCUAAAAACCUGGAGGAUAUCAGUAAUAUUCAGGGUGAGAUCAGCAAAAGUCGUUAAAAUCACCGACAAGGACUUACUAAAGAGACUUGGUCUAAUGAUGGCGGUAGUUGGCUUGAUAAUGCUGAUAAGAACUCUGGUCAACCCACCAUAUGUUAUAGUAGGUAGAACUGCAGAUAAUUUGAAAACAGAUCUGUGUCCAACUGGAUGGUGGGAUAGAUUCUUCUCAAUACUGGAAGUCUUAUUUUUAGUUUGGGGUAUUCGUCUAUGUAUUGUUGUGCGGAAAGCACCAUCAGAAUUCAACGAGAGUCGAUUCAUGUCAAUGGCCAUUUACAAUGAAUUCAUUCUCUCAGUGUUCCUUAAUGUAUCAAUGUUUUUUCUGCAGUCACCGGCUAACCCCGAUUUGCAGUAUAUCAUUUUCUUUUGCCAUACUCAACUCACAGUGACAACUCUGCUAGGAUUUAUAUUCGCCAGUAAGGCAUAUUUAGUGAUGAGAGGUGAAGAAGCAAACGAUGAAGACGGCCAAAUAAAGAGCAUUAAAGUGACCGGUGGUAGUAGGAUGUUGAGUAAACAGACUAGAAAUUCAAACAAAGCUAAUAACUCCACAUUUUGUGGAUUGGAAGAAUCUAGUACCGACUUUGUGCUAACGGAAACAGACGCGCAAGAAGAAUUCGCUCAACUCUUCAAGCAGCUGGACGCACUCAAGGACAAAAACUUGAGGCUUGGCAACCGGCAUCUAGCCGAAAAGAUAUCGGCCAUGCAAGAGGUGAGUAAACGCGUCGUCUGGUCUACCAACAUCGACAAAAAGCCAGCGGCUGCAGCGGUCGGUGGUUACGCGUUCACCAACCACCACCACGGUUGUAGUCACCCGAUUAGCGGUAGUCAAAAAUCGUUGGUCGUCAAUCAAAAUGGCAAGAAACCGUUUACGAAGGAAGUCACCGUGUGAUAUACAUUGUAAUGUACUGUAAAGUAUAUUAUUACGUCCACGCUGGUCUAUUGCGAGUUGCUACAAAAUUAAACCGUUCAGUCGUUCUUGACUUUAAUACCGUUUCAAUAACCCUAAAUAUUGUUAAACGAUCGGGAAAACAAUGAAAUAAAAUCGUUCUCGCUGCACAUGCGAGCGAUCUUUGAUUGGUUAAGAUCUAUCC